AUGAUGCGGUCUGGCUUGCACAAACCUGGCGCGCUCCCACUCCUCAUCCUGAUUGUGUUCUCACUGCUCACAUUGGUGCCAUCACUACCGAAUCUCUACCACUCGAAGUUUGCCGACUUCAGCUUCUACACUGGUGCAGCUCGCCAGGUCCCCCUCCUUCAGGAUAGCGUCACUGAAUUAACACAAAAAGCACACCCCCUCAACGAGCCUCGUAAAUCAUGGGUUCUCGCAGCGUCGCAUCGAUCGCGAGGCAAUCGCACACCGCUUACCGCACGGGUUGGAAAUGCCGCUGUGGUGCCAGCUAGCGAAACGACUGCUGUCGCAAAUAGAAGUCGACUUUCGUCAACCCACGAAUCCUCGUUUUCAUUCGGCCGCAGAGCGCGCGCAUUCAGAACCUACUUCAUCCAGCAAUUAGACGACUACCCAUUCCUCACGUCAUUCUCCAACCGCAGCGGAGCUGCAGGCUUGACGCACCCAUAUACUACCAUCACCAUCAACGAAUCUCUACCAACAUCUGACAAGUCUCCUCUAAGCAUCCCACCACAUAAUUAUUCCUCCGAGAGCAUUCAGGGGCCACUGCUGCCCUUUUCAGCCUCCCUCCGUGAUAUGUGUCAGCAGGCCUGCCAUGUCGCCAUCGAUUUCGGAAAACGCGUCGCACUCCACGGAGCAAACUAUGCGAAAUCGUUCUUCGUUUCGGAGCAGAUCACAGCUGCUCCCACAACAUUAAUACCAAAUCCCACAAUUCCUAAUGCCUCAAAUCAAGAGCUGCUCACGCCAUCUGAGCAAGAACCACCCCAACAAAAAGUUGGCGCUGACGAUUCCACCGAUGCUGCCGCUGGUCGGCACUCGCAGGAACUCCAUGGAAGCUGCAUGGCCGUUGUUAUCGGUCUUAUUGCAGGCAUCAUGUGGUUUUAG